ACUGCACAAAUUACAGGCAAUCCGCUAGACAGCAAUUAUUUUGGGUCCUCUCCGCAGGCGACAUACUGGGCUCCUAAAUGCGAGGUCCUUGACAGGCGCGUAAUUCAACUCAAUGGGAGACUUUACCUUUAUCUUCUUCUUAUCCUCGCUGGUUUAAUUUAGCAGUAGGAAUUUCUGCUAGAUGUAGCGUUUAGGUGUCUGUGAGGUACCCAUCCCGUGCUUUUAGUUAAGCGUAUUAACAGCCGAACUGCAACAUGAAGCUGAAGGGAAGAGCUAUCCGCACCCAGCAGCAGCAGCACGAAGACUGCAGGGUUUGGCUGGACACUGCUGAGUUAAAAAGGAAACCCAUGCAGACCGUGCUUCCCAAUUCUUCCUCAAUCAGAUUUCAUCCUUUCUCAAGGAGAAAGCCAUUUGAGCCGGCUGCAUUUGAUUUCACUCAAACGAAAACACCCCAGCCAUGCACCAAGCAGACAUCAAUGCACUGCUACUUCACACAGGCUGGAAUCAAGACUGAAGUACAAAACAAACAAUGUAAAAGAAAGGAUUAUGUUCCUGCAGUAACUGCAAGUGUGCACCAAAAAGAUAUAAAAGAAUUGGAUACAAUUAAUUAUCUUUCUGACUCCGUGUGCCCACAAGAAUGUUCAGGUUCAUUAGUGUUUAUGAAGAAUACUGCUAGUAUGAAUCUCCCAGCUGAAGAGCAAGAAUCUCUUGAUUCACAUAAAAGACAUGCUGACAUGGAGCAGCCAGUAACAACAGCGAAGUAUGGAAGUGAUGUUAUGUUGGAAAAUUCUUUUCCACCUGAAACCAGUUCUUUAAAUCAGGAUUCAAUACAUGAAAGAGGGAAUGUUGUACGAAUCACUUAUUCCUGUCCCACUAGUUGCAGAGAUGUGGAGAAAACCAGGAAUGCUCCAUGCACUGUGUUGGAUUCACCUUUUAAAUGGUGUUCCAGUGAAGAGUCUGACAGAGAACAAGAUGACCUGUAUCAUUCUGUAGCAACAAGCCAACUCUUCACCCAAGAUAGUCAGGGAAACAGGGUGAUUUCUCACUAUAGGAAAAAGAAAUACUUGUCUGUUCCUCUUCAGGACAUGACAAACAAAUGUCAGGAUAUAUUAAAUACACCCAGUGACUCACUGUCAUGCAAUGAUGACUCUUUGCAAAGGAUGUUUACCCAGGAUUCUGAGGGAAAUGUCGUUAUAAAACACUGACUGAUAAAUGUCAUCUGUGCAAGAUCAUUCAGCUGCAUUUCAUUACAUGGGACUUGUCACCCAGACAUACAAAAUGUGUAUUAAAAAAAAAUGCUUUUCAGACUAUACAUGAAAUACAUGAUUUUUAAUUAGGGAUGCACCGAAUACAGGAUUCGGUUUGGGAUUCAGCAAAGAUUCGGCACACACACUCUGGGCCAAACCAAAUCCGAAUUCUUAAAAUCAUUUGACUUUUGUCACCUAAACAUGGAAGUUAAAAAUGUUUUGCUGUCCACGGUGCUUGUUAAACCUUCCAUAGCCUUAUUUACAUAUGUAAAUUAUGAUUCGGUUUGGUAUUUGGCCGAAUCCUUUACGAAUGAUUCGGGGUUGGCCAAAUCCAAAUAGUUGAUUUGGUGCAUCCCUGUAAUGUAAUAAUAAUAUGGUUUGCAACAAUUGCCUAAAGUUCCCCAUACACUGGCCCCAGGGCCAAACGAUCGAAUUCGCCUACAUGUUACCUGAUAUGGCCCACCUGUAGGUGACAUCGCCAAGCGAGCGGAUCUGCCCGUGUAUGGGCAGCUUUAGCCUGCCCCGUUGUACUGCUGAUCUGGCUGACUACUUUGAGACUGUCCUCAGCCUGCAUCCUCCAAAUCCUUCACAUGAUGUUAAUCACAUGCUGUCUGUAAGCUGUCGAGAAGUUGUAACACCAUUGUUUUAGUCCCUCGUCCCUGCUAGGAUUUCAACUGAUGCAGAAAGAACUGUUUUGCAGCUGGAUUUCAGCGUCUAAAAAUGAUAUUCAUUCAUAGUUUGUUUGUUUUUUUAACAGAUUACAGUGAUAGGUAUAUUAGGGGUUUCUCUGUUGUGUGGGGCUCGAACAAAUUUUGGUUCAGAAGCAGGAGUAUGCCUUUAAACAAAACAUGUAACUUUAUAGCGUAAGUUUAUUUUGCUUGACUAAUGCAAUACAUAGAAAAAGUUUUAGAAUUAUGGAAGGUCCCCUUUAAUAUUGAAAUAGAUUGCAAAUGCCACUUGCCCUUUUCCAAAAAUGUGAGAUUUAGGGAAAAGAAAUGUCAUUAUAUUGUAUAUUGAUGAUGUCUUUAUCAUUCUUCUGUAUAAGGGCACAUUUUUUACAUAUAUGUGUAUUAAUUACGGGGUUGCUUAAUCUAAAAAAUAGUUAAGUGGGUCCCAUCUUGGUAGACUUUUUCUAAAUUUUUUUUGUUUUAAAUUUUUAGGGAAACAAUUAUCAGUCAGCAAUGAAAGUGAAUCUGUUUGGCUAUGGGUCAAUACCCACAGUAAAUUCCCUGUAAUGUCUUGCCUUAUAGUGACUUUGUUUUCCAAAUUACUUUACAGAAGUGAUAAAGGGGCCAUCAAUAUAUUUUGACUCAAGAUUUACCUGCCUGUGCAUGUAUGGGUCUAGCACAGCUGGGCUGGAGCAUUUUAAAGGUAGCAUACAAAAAACAUGCUUCUCACUCUAAAAUGGGUUCACUGAAGUUUAUUGCUGUAUCAUUUGGGCUUCACUUAGGUGUGAAACUGUAUUAGGCUGAUGGCCCACAGGGAAAUUAGUCACCUGCAGAUUAAAUUUUGGCUAGUUACGAAAUGCCUACCCACCAACAUAAAAGUGAAUUGCCAGUGGGAAGGCAUUUCAGGGCGAUUAGUUACCCUUGAAAGCUGAGAUAAACCGUGGGUGACUAAUUUACCUGUGGGCCAUUGCUCUUAGGUGUCAAAAGUCACUAAUAAUUGUGGAUACUUGUUUAAAUGCCGAAUCACAUAAUGUUUCUCUGACACUAGUACUGUUAACUAAAUCAUUUCAAUAAAGAGUGGCAGUUCUCUGAAA